UUCUCCCUAGCGUUCUUUAGGAACGGCUCCUCCAUUGUAUGACAUACGUUUCCGGAACGGUAUUUAUUAGCACGCAUUCUUCCGUUUUCGAAAGAGCCGUUCUUUCGUUGUCGCGUACAUCGGCGGGAGACGUCUACACUGGAGUUCUAUUCGAAGAAUCGACGAUCUCUUCUUCAGCACGAUGAUUCUUGCACGGCGCAUUUCUGUCGGAAAUGAUUCCUCGUCUCUUCAACCGAAGAACUGUGGGAUUUCUCCAUGAGUCGUAAUUUCUCUGCUAGAUUCAAGCGACUUCACUAUAAUACCAAAUAGAACCUGAUGCUUUCGGUGUUCGCGAAUCGAUCAUGAGCGCAGAAAAGCCAACGGAGUCUCUGGGGAUCGAAGCUGUCGCUCGCUUCCUGCUGAAUGAGAAACUAUUCCUGACUGCUCUCGAGCUCUAUUCAGAAAGUUUCCACAAAGGGAAUGAAGUUCCUUUGCUCCGGAGCUUCUUCAACAACCCAGGCAAUUUCGAACAACUGCAAGUGUCCGAGCCCUUUACGCCUUUACCGCGGACUUCGUCUGUUCAAACGUUAGAGAGUCUGGACCUGACCCGCUUUUCGGAAGAUGGUGAAGGAUUGCUCUCAGAAAAAGUCGCGGUUCUCGAGUUCGAGCUUAGGAAAGCAAGAGACGCGAUACGCAGUUUGCGCAACAAUCUCACAGUCGUUACGGAGAGCACACCGGACGCAGUCGUGCCGAAUGCCCUGAAGAUCUGCGAUGGUCAAGAUAGAGUUAUCAACGAAUCCCCUUUGCUGCCUCACGAACAGAGAGCGCUUAAUUAUCUCGUCAACGAAUACCUGCUGCAGCAUAACUAUAAACUCACAGCAAUAACUUUCGCCGAGGAGGACGACAACCAGGACCAAGAUUUCGAUGACUGGGACGAGGUUGGCUUGAACAUCUCGAAGCCACCAAAUCUCGGUCAUCUAUACCGGAACUAUUGCCGAUGGAACUCGUCUUCAAGAAAGACUUCAGUCUCCGGCACUUCGACCAAUGAAGAGUUGAGAGCCGAGACGAUUCUCGCAGAUCUGCCGGACAUCGUGGGACACGUGUCUUAAGCCAGAGACUCCGUGUCUACUUCAAGGUCGGGGAGUUCCCUUAGAACCCGCGGCCAACACAGUAGGAACUCCCCAUGUGCUCUGGAUAACCGAAACUAACUACUGGGCUUAGCUUCGUCGGAAGGGGGAGAAGCUACCUGAAGACAGCCUCGUACGUGAAGAACGGUACCUGUUUCUGCGUGAGCAGAGCUUCUGAGAAGAGCGAAUCGAUGUGAACUAAGCAGGAAAAGCUUCAUAGCAGAGGUCUCUUCACCAGUCUUAAUUUAGAAGGAUACCUCGGGAACUAUCUGAUGUAUAUAGAAUUGU